GCGCGGCGGCGCGGAUUGCGAUCUGAAGCCCAACGCAGGGAGCGAGAAGUGUUGGGUGUGGCUUGCGGAGGACUUCUCCGAUGAGGAGCAUGGCGCUUACGAGCAGUUCGCGCUGAAAUUUGGUAAGGCCGAGCUCGCUAGCGCAUUCAAAGAGGCAUUUGACUCCGCCAAGGAGCUAAACUCCAAGGUGCCGGGCUUCGUGGUGGAGGGUGGCAAGUUUGUUGCACAGGCGAACGUUGCAAAAGCCGAGGACGCAGCUUCAGGCCCAAGCCCUGCGCCCGACGCUGUCAUCAACCCGUUCUCUGGCAUGUCUAUCUUUGGGAAUUCGGCUCCCUCCGAAUCGCUGUUUGGAAACGCCUUCGCUGGGCCAGCUGCCAGCGGCCUCUUCGCGAGCAGCGCGGCGUCGUCGGGAGGCCUCUUCGGCGGCUCCAGCGGCAACCCGCAGACUGGGGGCCUCUUCUCGUCGAUCUCGGGCAGUGUCUUCUCGUCGAAUGGCUCGAGCGGAGGAGGCCUCUUCGGCACCGCUGCGACCUCGGGCUCCUUGUUCUCGCAACCGGCGCAGAAUGGCGGCGGCAUCUUCGGCGGAGGUUCGGCACUGCCGGCCACCACUCAGCCAGCGGCCGAUGGCGACGGUGGCGAUGACGGCGAGUACGUGCAAGAGGAGGAGGUCACGACAGUCGAGGGUUGGACGCCUUCGAUAACUUUGGAGGUGAAGGAGUCUGUGGAGAUGGGCACGGAACAGGAAGACGAGAUCUACAGCCAGCGCUCCAAGCUCUACCGCUUCGUGGACGGUGAGUGGAAGGAGCGCGGACUGGGUGACGCCAAGCUCUUGAAGCACAAGGAUACCGGGAAGGUGCGCUUUUUGCUGCGGCAGGAGAAGACCAUGAAGAUAGUGGCCAACCACAUAGUCAUCGAGCACGACGUUUACUGCAGGCUGGAGAAGAACGCGGACAGCGACAAGAUCUGGGUGUGGUCAGCACUGGACUGGGCAGACGAGGAGCAGUCGGCUGAGAAGUUCGGGCUCAAGUUUGGCAACGUGGAGGUUGCCGGCAAAUUCAAGGACGCUUUCGAAAACGCCAAGCAAAUCAACGCGAAAGCGGGAGGCACCAGCAGCGCGAAGGCGCCCAGUGACGAGCCUGCACCGCCAGUCUCUGGCGGCGGCGCUGCCAGCGGCAGCGGCCUCUUCGCGAGCAGCGCGGCGUCGUCGGGAGGCCUCUUCGGCGGCUCCAGCAGCAACCCGCAGACUGGGGGCCUCUUCUCGUCGAUCUCGGGCAGCGUCUUCUCGUCGAAUGGCUCGAGCGGAGGAGGCCUCUUCGGCACCGCUGCGACCUCGGGCUCCUUGUUCUCGCAACCGGCGCAGAAUGGCGGCGGCAUCUUCGGCGGAGGUGCAGCGCAGCCAGCCCCUACUCAGCCGGCGGGCGGUGGCGACGGUGGCGAUGACGGCGAGUACGUGCAGGAGGAGGAGGUCACGACAGUCGAGGGUUGGACGCCUUCGAUAACUUUGGAGGUGAAGGAGUCUGUGGAGAUGGGCACGGAACAGGAAGACGAGAUCUACAGCCAGCGCUCCAAGCUCUACCGCUUCGUGGACGGUGAGUGGAAGGAGCGCGGACUGGGUGACGCCAAGCUCUUGAAGCACAAGGAUACCGGGAAGGUGCGCUUCUUGCUGCGGCAGGAGAAGACCAUGAAGAUAGUGGCCAACCACAUAGUCAUCGAGCACGACGUUUACUGCAGGCUGGAGAAGAACGCGGACAGCGACAAGAUCUGGGUGUGGUCGGCACUGGACUGGGCAGACGAGGAGCAGUCGGCUGAGAAGUUCGGGCUCAAGUUUGGCAACGUGGAGGUUGCCGGCAAAUUCAAGGACGCUUUCGAAAAUGCCAAGCAAAUCAACGCGAAAGCGGGAGGCACCAGCAGCGCAAAGGCGUCCAGUGACGAGCCUGCACCGCCAGUCUCUAGCGGCGGCGCUGCCAGCGGCAGCGGCCUCUUCGCGAGCAGCGCGGCGUCGUCGGGAGGCCUCUUCGGCGGCUCCAGCGGCAACCCGCAGACUGGGGGCCUCUUCUCGUCGAUCUCGGGCAGCGUCUUCUCGUCGAAUGGCUCGAGCGGAGGAGGCCUCUUCGGCACCGCUGCGACCUCGGGCUCCUUGUUCUCGCAACCGGCGCAGAAUGGCGGCGGCAUCUUCGGCGGAGGUGCAGCGCAGCCAGCCCCUACUCAGCCGGCGGGCGGUGGCGACGGUGGCGAUGACGGCGAGUACGUGCAGGAGGAGGAGGUCACGACAGUCGAGGGUUGGACGCCUUCGAUAACUUUGGAGGUGAAGGAGUCUGUGGAGAUGGGCACGGAACAGGAAGACGAGAUCUACAGCCAGCGCUCCAAGCUCUACCGCUUCGUGGACGGUGAGUGGAAGGAGCGCGGACUGGGUGACGCCAAGCUCUUGAAGCACAAGGAUACCGGGAAGGUGCGCUUCUUGCUGCGGCAGGAGAAGACCAUGAAGAUAGUGGCCAACCACAUAGUCAUCGAGCACGACGUUUACUGCAGGCUGGAGAAGAACGCGGACAGCGACAAGAUCUGGGUGUGGUCGGCACUGGACUGGGCAGACGAGGAGCAGUCGGCUGAGAAGUUCGGGCUCAAGUUUGGCAACGUGGAGGUUGCCGGCAAAUUCAAGGACGCUUUCGAAAAUGCCAAGCAAAUCAACGCGAAAGCGGGAGGCACCAGCAGCGCAAAGGCGUCCAGUGACGAGCCUGCACCGCCAGUCUCUGGCGGCGGCGCUGCCAGCGGCAGCGGCCUCUUCGCGAGCAGCGCGGCCUCGUCGGGAGGCCUCUUCGGCGGCUCCAGCGGCACCCCGCAGACUGGGGGCCUCUUCUCGUCGCUGGCCACCUCCACUGGCUCAGCGCUUGCUGGCGGAGGGCAGUCUGCGGCGGGCGCUGCCCCUGCGGCCGACGAGGACGAGGAGGUGGUCGAGGAGGAGGUCACCACGAUCCCAGGCUGGGCUCCAUCCGUGAACCUGGAGGUGCUCGACCAGAUCACCACUGGAGAAGAGGAGGAGGAGGAGAUCUAUUCCCAGCGAUCUAAGCUCUACCGGUUCCGCGACGGGGAGUGGAAGGAGCGCGGCUUGGGAGAUGCGAAGUUGCUCAAGCACAAGACCUCCAGCAAGGUUCGAUUCAUGCUCCGCCAGGAGAAGACUAUGAAGAUCGUGGCAAAUCACUUUGCGUUGGCCGUCGGGCCGCUCUGUGACCUUCAGCCGAACAUGGGGAGCGAAAAGUGCUGGCAAUGGAUGGCCCAGGACUACUCGGAGGACGAGCCCGUGGUAGAGCAGUUCGGGCUCAAAUUCGGGAGCGCGGAACUUGCCGGCGCCUUCAAGGAGGCCUUCGACGGCGCGAAGGAGCAGAACCUGAAGGUGAAGGAGUUCGCCGACAAAGCUGCGGGCACCCCACGGGAGCCUGCGGCCAAGAAGGAAGAGCCCAAGCCGCAGCCAGCCAGCCUCUUCGGCGGCGCCAGCGGGGGUGCACCCGCCGGCACGAACCCGCUCGUCGGCCUCCGCUCGCCCCCGGAGGUCUCCUGCACGCCCGCGGCCUCCAGCGGCAGCGGCCUCUUCGGAGGCCUUGGCUCUGGCGGCGGCGCGGCGCCCUCCACUUCGGGCAGCCUGUUCGGCGGCGCCGCCACCACCGGCGGCGGCAGCCUCCUCGGCGGCCCAGCUGCCACCGGCGGCAGCCUCUUCGGCGGCGCGGCGUCCAGCGGCAGCCUCUUCGGCGGCGCGGCGUCCAGCGGCAGCCUCUUCGGCGGCGCGGCGUCCAGCGGCAGCCUCUUCGGCGGCGCGGCGUCCAGCGGCAGCCUCUUCGGCGGCGCGGCGUCCAGCGGCAGCCUCUUCGGCGGCUCCGCAUCCAGCGGCAGCCUCUUUGGCGGCGCGGCGUCCAGCGGCAGCCUCUUUGGCGGCGCGGCGUCCAGCGGCAGCCUCUUCGGCGGCUCCGCGUCCAGUAGUGGCGGCCUCUUUGGCAGCUCCGCGCCCAGCGGCAGCCUCUUCGGCGGCUCCGCGUCCAGCGGCAGCCUCUUCGGCAGCUCCGCAUCCAGCGGAGCCGCUGCAGGUGCGGCGAUGGCCCUCGGCGCCACCCCGAAGGCAGCUCCUGCGCCUCCCAAGCAAUCGCCCGCGCCGGAGGUGGACAAGGGCGGCGCCCAGAAGGAGUCGACGACAGGCAAAACAGGCGGCAAGAGCCCCCUCGAGCUCAUGGCCGAACAGCAGCAGAAGGACAACUGGCGUUGCGAUGGUUGCUAUCUGCAGUACCCGACCAGCCUGUACGAGUGCGGCGUGUGCGAGAUCGCGCGGCCUGGGUACGAGGACAGAGCCGCCGAGGAGAAGGCCAAGAAGCAGCAGGGCUCGCAGAGUGCUGCGGCCGCCUUCCUCGGCACGGGGCAGGCCACGACGACAGCACCCGCGCCAGCGCCGGCGCCGCCGGCGUCCUCGGGCGCCCCGCUCUUCGGGUUUGCGACGGGCGCUCCCGCCGGGGCGCCCGCCGUGCCGGCCCCGGGCGCCGCCGCCCCCGUCUUCGGGUUUGCGGCGGCGGCCCCCGCGGCGGCCGCGGCAGCGCCGCCAGCCCCCCCCCCGCCGGCACCCGGGCAGGCCCCGCCCGCCGCGCAGCCCGCGGCCGGCUUCGGCUUCCACUCGCCUGGGGCGGGGCUCCCGCCGCCCCCCGCGCCGCCCGCUGCGGGGGCCUACGCCCCGCCGCCUCCCAGGCAAGAUGCCGCCUGGCCCUCCAGGCCGCUCGAGGACGAGCCCGGGUCGCUCCGCCAGGUGGAGUCGGCGCUGCGCAGGCUGGAGGACCGCGUCGACGCCGCCGAGGAGCGCGCGCGCCGUGCCGAGGAGCGCGCGCGCCGGGCGGAGGAGCAGGCGCGCAGGGCCGAGGAGGAGCUGGGCAGCCUGAGGCCGCAGCUGGAUCAGCUGUCGAGGAGGCAGCAGGAGGACAGGGCGCUGCAGCAGGAGCUCGCGGAACGGGGCCGCAGGGCUGGGGAGGAGCUGGGCGGCCUGAGGCCACAGGUCGACCAGCUGGCGAGGAGGCAGCAGGAGGACGGCGUGCGCCUGCGGUCCCUGCAGGACCAGCUGGCGGAGGCGAGGGAGUCGCUCACGAGGGACCUGACGCAGGAGCUUCGCAGCUCGCGGGGCUCUUGGGAGGCCUCGAGCCAGACGAUGCAGAAGGCGCUCCAGGUGUCGAACCAGGCGCUCCAGGUCUCGAACCAGGCCUUCGAGGCUACCACCGCUCUCCGAGAGGAGUACAACGCAUUCGCUGCCGACACCACUCGCGUCAACAAGCAACGCUUCGAGGACCUCGCAUCCCUGGGCGAUCAGCACAGGCUGGAGGCCGUGAGAGGGAUGUCGCUGCCCAGCCGCAUCAUGUAUCUGCAGUCCCAGCACAUGCAGCAGCUGGGCCAGCAGCUGGGCUCGGCGCCUGGCGCCCAGCAGGCGCGUGGGGCCCUGAGCAUCGGGCGGUGACCUCACGUUCUCGCCCUGCCGCGCUUCUGCCACCAUGUGUUCCCCCCCCCCUCCCCACCCUGCAGGAGACGCGGUUGAGCGUGAGAUCGUAUCGCAGCCUCACCCAAUGGCGGCAUGCGGCUCUUCACAGCGUAGUCUGCGGCGGCCACAUCUCGGGGCAGACGGUGUGUAGGUCAGGGCAGCUCUGCGAGCGUGCCAGCCAGGAGGCGCUUCGGUUUUGGACCAGCGAGCAGAGCUGCCGCCCUUCGCGGCGAUGAGACUCAGCUCGUCCGAAGCCCUCGAGACGUGUGCUGACAGGCGGAUACUCCUUUGGGGAAGAGGAUGAUGAUGAGGACGUGGGGAGAAUGGCAUCAGUUUAGGUCGUGCACCCGCUUGCUGGCUCUGGUGGUAUGCAGAUCAGUCCAGAGCCUGGAGAUCGCCAGUCGUCGACCCAGGACGCGCGCGGGGAGC